UAAACAGGGAUAAUAAUAACUCGAUAAACUAAAGUAAUAUCCCAAAAUAAACAUAAUAAUAAUUAUGAUGAAAAGGGGUCCAGAGGCUCGGCUGCAUAAACGCAUCACGUGAUAAUACAUAUAAGAAAAAUGAACGAUGAUCGACAACUAAUCAAACUAUCGACAAGAGAAAUGGGAUUCUUUGAAUAGUACAUGAUGAAUUAUAGUAGGGAGAGUCAUCAUUUUGAGAUCAUCUUGAUCAUAUAAUUAUGAAAUUAAAUGAGUUUCUUUGACUUGAAGAGAUUAAGUUCUAGAUAAAUGGUAGUAAUCUAGUGCUUGUGGAAUCGGUUACUCUACUUAUCACUUUAUUGGUUGAUACUAAUGUUGUGAGAAUCGAAUUGAAGCACGAACCAAUAUAGCAAGUGAUUCAAGUUUUAAUGGUUCAAUCGGUUAGAGACCGUUAAAAAUUCGUUAAUGAACCAAUACCUUACAAACAAUAAUAUUAUAAGAAUAUGCUUAAAUUCAAAGAGUAGAUUCCACUUAAACAAGAAUACCAAGCGAUUUAUUAUAUAACCUAAUCUGCCAACUUUGUUAACCAAACUAAUAAAGAAAAUUACAAAACAUUAAGACCUUUAACAAUUCCCCAAGCAUAUGGGAACCGGGUAAAAUAUCUCGGGUAUCAUUUAAGUUUGAGAUUUUUUUUUAGGGAUUUAAGUUUGAGAAUUUGAAUAGACAUACCACUUAAGUUUGAAUAGGGCGCCGUGUAUCAUUAAAGUCCACAAAAAGUGCAUCCGUUAGUUUUCCAUCCAACCCAAACUUUUAAUUACCUUUUGAUACCCAAAACUUAUGAAAACAUCAAAAGUUAUAUUUCAACAAGUAUUAUCUAAUAUAAAAAUUAGAAAACCUUCUAAACAUAGUACUACUAGAAUGACUAAUGAAGUUUUUUCAAUAUAAUAGAUAAAUUAGUAAAAAAAUAUAAACGAACAUCAAGAAAGAAUAAUAAUAUACUAAAAGAUAAUAAAAAAAUUAAAAUUAAUAUUAGAAUAUCUAUUUAAAACCCUAAUUUAAUUAAGGGUUAUAGGUAUAAUAUGCCCCUCUACUAUGACGUUUUAUCAAACAUGCCCCUCUACUAUUUUUUACAUCAAACAUGCCCCUGUACUUUGAAAAAUUAUCAAACAUGCCCUUAUGUUAAAAAUUUCAUUGAAAAAAUCGUCAAUCAUGGUUGAACCGAGAUUUAGACGACCCGACAUCGGCAAAUGGGAGAGAAAAUGUCAGUUUUAUCUACCGUUGUAUUUCUCUGGGUGUCUUCAAAGUGAAAUUAUUUGAAUUAUUUGGCUAUACAAAAGACAAAAAAAAAUUAAAAGUGAAAUUAUUAGGGAUAUUUUAGACAGUGCACUAGUGGUAUCGAUUUUAGUCUGGUGGUACGCUACUAGUGGUAAGUGGUACGGUACCAUUGGUAAUGGUACACUACCACUACCACUAGUGCUCUACUAGUUAAAAAUCAGUACUACCAGAGAAUAACAUAAAAAAAAAGAUUUGGAAUCUGAAAAAUCUCAAAUCUGGAAAAAAUAUAUCAAGUGAUGAUGAAAGGAGAAGGUAGGGGAGAGGUCGUUACCUCGCGGCGGCAGCGACAGACCGACAGUGAAUGAGAGCGGCAGGAGAGAGAUGGCAGCGACAAAGAGUGGAGGGAGGCAAAAGGUCGUGGGAUGGUGGAGGGCGCAACGAUGGUGGGGGCUGGAGGGAGGUGGAGGGUGCAGCGGGGGCUGGAGGGAGGCGGAGGGUCGUAGGGUGGCUGCGGAGGCGUCGUCAUUGUUGGUGGCAGCGGGAGGUGGAGACGACGCUGACGCCGACAUGGAAGUAGGGAUGCCAAUUUUAACCUGAUCCGUUUACCUGACCUGUUUGACCUGUUUUGGGGCUCCACCUCUCAUCGACCCGACCUGCCCUGACCCGACUCAUUCUCGAUCCGUUUUUGCCUAAAAUUACAUGUAAUCUUAAUCAAAUUACUUAGAAUCAUCCUUUUAUUACAUCAAAGAUAAUCACAAUGCUUGAAAGAUAUUGAUGACUGAAAUGGUGAAGCAAUAAAAUCUAAAAUAUAGGUGUGUAACACAUGUUACUUGAAAUACUUAAAAUAUAAAAAAUCACACCAUUCAUAACUCUCCACGUUGGAUUCUGGGAAAACUCAUCUGAUACUCGAAAGUAAUGCGAGUUGAAUUUUUUUCUGAUAAAAUUGAUUGUAGUUUGGUUGGAUACCCAUGAUAAUGAGUUAUUCUUAUCCCUACUAUUAUACAUAUGACACUAGUUUUUGGAUAAUGAUAAAAAGAAUUAGUCACUUGAAACAAGUCGAGUCAUCACUUUCUGUUAGAAAUACGCUCAGCCAAAGCGAGCUUGGUUUGUCGAGAGCCUUAUACGAGGUUUCUAAACCAAAUCACAAGUACCAUAAUUAAAAUAAUUAUUUUUUAUUUGAUUUGGUUGUAUUGAACUAUUUAAAGUUUUGCAAUAUUUUCAUAGACCAGGAAACCGGAUCGUACCGGCCGGUUCAACCGGAAAUUGGACCAAAAGCGGUACGGUGGGCUGUUUGUGCUGAUUUUACCGUGCCGGCCGGUUUUUUCGGUUUGACCGGUUGAACCGGCCGGUACGAUCCGAUUUCCUGGUCUAUGAUUCAGCUUCAUUUCUACGUAUUCUCGUCCAAUAUGUGGAAAAUAAUUAAAAGCGAAUAUUAUUUUGCUAUUUUUCUAUGUUGAAAAUGGGUCACCGUGGUUGUAUAAUGCUCUAUUUGGUUCUUUUUUUGAUGGAUUAUAUUUUUUAUACUGUCGCAUUUCAUUUCUCUAUCAAUAGUGAAAAACGGUAUUUACCGGUACAAAACGGUUGAACCAUGGUCGUACCACAAAAUACCAUACCAGAAAGAAAUCCGAUAUGAUGUCCGGUACGGUUUCCUUUACCAUGAAUAUUUUUGGGAAUAAGAAAGAACAAUACUUGAAUCUCUAAUUCCCAAAUUCCCUUUUCUUCCUCUGUAAAAUUUGAUGAUGCAAAAGGAAACGAACACUGUACACAAGAGUUUUACGUGGUAUCCCUGUUCGAUGUGAACAUGAUUAAUCUACGGUGAGCUCGUAAGAGCUCACGACUUAUUUGUUAUUAGGAUUACAUCUUGACGGCUUAUUAUCACACAAGUCGAUAGCUAAGCUUAUAUAGAGAAAGACUUAGGGUUAAAACCCUAAUCCAACGAAUCAGACGAGGCGCAACAAGACCCAAUACUAACACGGUUUAAGUAACCGCAACAUCCUCUCGAUUCCUCUUCUCAAUUAUGUUGAUUCUUCUUCUCUUACCACACAAAAUUACGAAGUUUCUACUCCAAUUCUGUUGAUUCUUCUUCUGUCGAGGGGUAGUUCUUAAAGACCAAGAGCAACAAAAAUCGAUGGAAAGUAGUGUUCAGUUUUUUUUUUUGUUGCAAAGUCAGUGUUGAAAAGAUAGUCACAAUGAGGAAGAAAGAAAAGAGCGGGAGUCGACCAAUAGUCGAACUCCCGAUGAGAGGGCGUGCCACAUGAUGAGAAGCCCUAUUGAGUUGACGAGAAACAAAACCGUAAGAAACUAUGCUAAAUGAGGAAGCUAAACUCCGAGCGUCCUCCAAUAUAGCUCCUCUCCGAUCAUGAUGCAUAUCACCUCCAACCAUCCGUUGGAUCAAGAGUUGAGAGUCACCAUGAAAUUUAACAGGAAGAAAGGAAUGGGUUAGACACCACUGUAAAGCAUCACGUAAAACUAAACAUUCCAUAAUAAACGGAUCUUGAAUCCCAUCAUAAUAUUUUUCAAAUGAAAAUAGAACAUUACC